UCAGUAGUGUCAUAAGACGACUUGCUUGGAGCAUUAUAAAUACUGUACGGGGAUCACUAAUACAACAUGAGUCUUGCUAUUUGUGUAAGAGGUUUUCCAGAAAUAUGCUACAGCAAGCGCUUAGAAUUUCAGGGCGAAGUGCCUCGCCUUUGAUGAAGUGGGUGGAGAAGUGGCUUGAAAGCGCCGCUUUCCCGAGGCGCUGCGAGACGUAUCACGUGAAAACUCUGGAGGAGAUGCCUGGACCCUCUGUCUGCAGUUUCGCUUGGGACCUUUUCGCUAAACGGGGGUUAUCUCGCCUCCAUGAACUUCAGCUGGAGGGGCGGAAGCGGUACGGCCCGGUGUGGAAGGCCAGUUUCGGGCCCAUCCUGACGGUGCACGUGGCCGACCCAGCGCUGAUCGAGCAGGUGUUGCGGCAGGAGGGCCAGCACCCCAUGCGCUCGGACCUCUGCUCCUGGAAGGACUACCGCCGGCUACGGGGCCACGGCUACGGCCUGCUCACAUCUGAGGGGGAGGAGUGGCAGGCGGUGCGCAGUCUCCUGGCAAAGCACAUGCUCCGGCCCCGGGCGGUGGAGGCGUACGACGGCACGCUGAACGGCGUGGUGACCGACCUCCUGGCCAAGCUGCAGCUGCGCAGCCAGCAGGGCCCGGGCGGCGUGGUCCGCGACAUCGCCACCGAGCUGUACCGCUUCGGCCUGGAGGGGAUUUCCUCGGUGCUGUUCGAGUCCCGGAUUGGCUGCCUGGACGCGCAGGUCCCCCCAGAGACGGAGCGCUUCAUCCAGUCCAUAAACACCAUGUUCGUCAUGACCCUGCUCACUAUGGCCAUGCCCGGCUGGCUCCACCGCAUCUUCACCAAGCCCUGGGACACCUUCUGCCAGUGCUGGGACUACAUGUUCCAAUUCGCAAAGGGCCACGUUGACCAGCGUCUGCAGGAGGAGGCAGAAAGGCUGACACGGGGAGAGGAAGUGGAGGGGCGGUAUCUCACCUACUUCCUGUCACAGCAAGGCCUGCCAUUGAAGACAGUGUACAGUAAUGUGACAGAGCUUCUGCUAGCUGGGGUAGAUACGAUCUCCGGCACCAUGUCCUGGUCCCUGUACGAGCUCUCCAGACACCAGGGUGUGCAGGCAGCCCUGCGGGAAGAGGUUCUGGGGGUUCUGAAGGGCCGGGAGGUCCCCGGGGCAGCAGACGUGGCUCAGAUGCCCCUGCUGAAAGCCGUGGUGAAGGAGGUGCUCAGACUUUAUCCAGUUAUCCCAGGUAAUGCCCGAGUCAUUACUGACAGAGACAUCCAAGUGGGAGGUUACCUCAUUCCAAAAAGUACUCUUAUUACUUUAUGCCAUUAUGCAACAUCGCGGGAUGAGAAGACAUUCUCAAACCCGGAUGAGUUUCUGCCCCAGCGCUGGCUGAGGAGGGAUCAGGCCCACCACCCCUUCGCCUCAGUGCCCUUUGGGGUGGGCAAGCGCAGUUGCAUCGGCCGUCGAAUUGCAGAGCUGGAGCUCUACUUGGCACUGGCACGGAUUCUGAUCCAUUUCGAAGUGAGGCCCGAACCAGAUGCCGCCAAGGUCCACCCCAUGACCCGAACACUGCUAGUUCCACAGACCGAAAUCAACCUGCAGUUUAUCAAACGCUGACCGCGGUUUGACCGUGGCCAUCAAAAGACAGUGCCUGUCUCCCAGGUGCGGAGACAAAGGCUACACUGAGCACAGGGCUGGGAAUCGAGCACACUGCACCCGCAUAGCAGGGCAGGAAGCUGCUUAUUCAGGUGGGCGGGCUUCACCUCACCCUCUGCAACCGGAAACACUUUCUUUCUGCAGUGCAUUGUGGGCCAUGUGCAGCACGCGGGCCUUCUGAAGCCAUCAUCAGGGGCUGUGCUCCAGGGCUCCCAGUGUCACGAGGGGAUGGAGACCGUGAUCACGAGGAAACAAUGAACCACUCAAAAAACCCUGACUGACAAAAUCGCCAACAGCCUUUUAAGAACACUUUUGAGUUAAACUUUCAUGUUUAUAUUUAUGUAUGUAUGCAUUUAAGAGAGUCUAGUAAGGUAUUUCCAGUACAGUACAGUGUUUUUGCCAAUACCAUUUAUGGAUUCUAAUCUUCAGAAUUGCUGAAACUAUUGUACACGGUGAAAACCGUAAAGCUGGCUGGGACAAGUCAAAUGAUUUAAUCUUUUAAACCAGCAAAUUCAUAAAGUUCUCAAGCUGAUAUGCUAUUGUUACAAAAUAUUUACAAAGUGUGUGUGAGCAUGUGCAUCUGCACAUGCAGUGCUGUGAGAAAGUAUUUGCCCCAUUCCUGGUUUCCUCGAUUAUUGCAUAUUGAGACAGAAUGUAAUGACAAAGGGAACCUGCGUUAACACAAAAGACAAUUUAUUUAAUCUCAUUUUUACAAUUUUUAUUUAUUUAAAGAAAACAAUCUUAUCAAACACGUAUAUCGCCUCUAUGUAAUUGGCCCCUAGGCAUGGUAUGUGUGUCUGUGUGCUUCUGAUGAUUUUAAUAAAAUAUGAAAAUUCA